AUGUGUUCGAAUGUGGCAGAAUCUUUCAAUGCAUGGAUUGUAGAUCAGCGUCAUUUGCCUAUAUACCAGUUGCUUGAUGGUAUAAGGGUCAAGAUCAUGGAGAUGAAUGCUCAUAGGCAACGUGUGGCUGAGGGAUGGAACACUAUGCUUUGCCCAGAAAUGGAGACAAAGUUAGAGAAAUCAUUGUUAAGCGGGCGUCAUUGGGAUGUAAGUCGUUCAAGUGAUUUUUUAUUCAAGGUUCAUGGCGAAGACUCUGUAAUAGUUGAUCUUCAAAGCCGCACUUGUAGCUGCUGGAUGUGGCAAAUCAAAGGGUUCCCAUGCGCGCAUGCACUUGUUGCUAUUCUUAAAAAUGACGAGAACCCUUUUGAGUACGUUGAAGAGUACUUCACGGUUGAACAUUUUAAGAAAUGCUACAACAUACCUAUUUUCCCAAUUCCAUAUAUUGAUAGGCAUGCACAAGAGGCAGGUGAAGAGUUUUUGUUGAACCCGCCAGUGUCAAAGAAACCUCCAGGAAGACCUAGGGUGAAGCGUAUCAAAUCUUUAGGGGAACAGAAAAGGCCACUAACAUGUAGCAGGUGUGGACAACUAGGACGUCACAACAAAAAAACAUGCACUACCCAAAUUUGA